AUGUCCACUCCCACUCCCACCAACCCACAACCCCCGUUCACCCCCGGAAUCCACACCAUCCCUCCCCCUCGCCCCCUCUCACCCACCACCUCCGGCAUCCGCCUCAACCACCUCAUGCUACGGAUCCGCAACCCAGAAGCCUCCCUCCGCUUCUACAACGAGCUUCUCGGCCUGCACACAAUCUUCAUAUUCAACACUGGAGCUUGGACGAUCUAUUAUCUUGGUCCGAGGGAUGUGUCGAUUGAGGAUUUGGGGACGGCAAAGGGAUUGUUGGAGUUGUAUUGUAUCCCGGAGAAGGAACCCAUUGAAGAUGAAAAGAGGAAAAAGAGGGUAGAGUAUCGAAACGGCAAUGAAACAGAUGGUUUAGGACAGGGAUUCGGGCAUUUAGGGUUUACGGUGCCGGAUGUUGCGAAAGUGUUGGAGAGGGCGAGGGAGUUUGGAGUCGAGGUUAUUAAACCGCUUGGGGAGAGUGAGGUUGGGCAGUAUGGGGUUGAGGGGUUGGUGGAGGGGAGGGUUGAGGAGGGGAGGGAUGUGGUGGAGGGGUAUAAGUUUGUGUUUAGACAGUUGGCGUUUUUGAGGGAUCCGGAUGGAUAUUGGGUGGAGAUUGUUCCUCAGAAGGUAGUGCCACCUCCAAAAAGCUGA